AUGUACCAUAGCGACAAGUUGCCAAGCUUCAAAAUAAAUUUAGACACAGUUCUGCACGAAGGUAUCAGUAGGAUCAAAGUCACAUUAGUAACAGCUUCAUCAGCAGGGCUCGGUGUAGCCAUUGCCAAGGCAUUUAUUUCUGAUAUAGGAGUAGUCGUGAACUUCUCAUUUAACACAGAACGUGCUGUGACGUUGCCAGAAGAGCUGUCAAUUCUAGCUCUCGAACCACAUGGUAAAAGUGGCGAGGAUACGAGUCUUUUCGAGUUCAAGGACGCCAACAGCAUGCCUCGCGCGCUGGCCGUUCGUGCCAACUUGAGAGACCAGACGGAGAUUGAGCGCCUGGUCACUAGGGCAGACACCAAAACGGGCAGGCUAAACGUCGUGAUCUCAAACGGCGGCUGGACCCAAAUUUGGGAUUUGUUGAAUCUCGACAAUAAUUUGGAUGAAAUGCACUAG